AAUUCAAAUUUGUUCUUACUCAUCUGCACCGAUAGGUGGUGCUAUUUUACCGUUUAUUUAAAAAAUGUCAUCCUCACCACUAUAUAGCAAUGCCUAAGAAGAGACACCUUGGCUACAGGUAGUUAUUGCUUAAGUAUCUCAAGAUAAUAAUUAAUUACUUCCUAAAAUCCUUUGUCAGAAAUCUUACUAAAACGUCCUUUAAGCACAGAGUCAAAGAUAACCUGGCUGAAAUAGUCGAAAGGAGAGAGAGAAAAAAAUUUAUUAGGCUGAUAUACUAUUCUCAUUUAGUCGCUUUCUUCUAGUUUUUUUCCCCUAAGUGGCACAUACCUAAAAUCCUAAGUUUGUACAUGAGAUGUUUGCAUACAGGCCAAUCAUUUGAAAAGAGAAAUUAUGGCUGAUAACAGUCGCAGAUUGCAUCGAUCAAUCAGACUAGAAGAGUCCUUGUACUGACUUGUAUCCUCCGAUAACCUCUAUGUGUGAACACAGUAAACCAGUUCAAGGAACAGCACAACCCCGCGUUCCUGGAAAGCAGGAGGCACGUUUUAAUAGGAAAUCUUCUCCAGCUCACUUACCGUCUUGGAGUGGGUGGGUGCCAAGGCUGGCGGCUUUGCGUAGUCACGUGACGUACAGUGACAUCAUCCAGGUGUCAGGAAGUUCGCUUUUGCAACCUGUAGAGAGGAAACAAACGGUGUCGACGCAGACCGCGCCCGCUCUCUCAUUUUUAACCUGCGCGUUUGUCAACUGAACUUACGGUCAUGUCGACGUGUGCGACGACAGAAGGAAUGCCAAAAGGCUUCACUGGGACAGAAACAGAUUAUGGCGUAUUUGUUGGCUCUGAAGCCCAAGCGGUCCUGAAAAGCCCUCUCACAACCGUCUUCCUCCCAGCCGUCUACACCUUCGUGUUUGUCAUUGGGCUUCCCACCAACGCCUUGGCUCUAUGGGUUUUCCUCUUCAGGACCAAAAAAAGGCACCCAUCAUCCAUCUACAUGGCCAACCUGGCUCUUGCUGACCUGCUUUUUGUUAUUUGGAUCCCUUUAAAAAUAGACUACCACCUCAAUGGCAACGACUGGAAGUAUGGAGACGGGCUGUGCAAAGUUCUGGUGGGGUUCUUCUAUGGCAACAUGUACUGCUCCAUGGCCUUCAUCGCCUGCAUUAGCGUCCAACGUUACUGGGCUGUAGUCUACCCAAUGUCCCAGCAUCAAAGGAGCACUUGUUUAGCAGUCUCUGUUUCUGUAGCGAUCUGGGUGCUGGUGUGGCUCAUCACCAUUCCUCUCUACUGCUACGAUCAAGAAGUAAACAUACCAAACAUGUGCAUCCGGACCUGCCAUGACGUCACCAGGCCGAGCCAAAGGAAGACUGCUGCUGGAUACUUCUUGACAAUGGGAACGCUGGGAUUUGUCGUCCCGACAGUUGUGUGCAUCAUAUCGUACGUCCUCAUGCUCAGGGCUCUCCAGGACAGCAUGGGGGACCCUACCAUUGCCAAGAAGCGCCGCAAGGCCGUGGUCUUGAUCAUCACCGUCCUGCUCAUGUUUAUCGUCUGCUUCACCCCCAGUAACAUCAUGCUGCUGGCGCACUACAUCCUCCUGCUAGGAGAGGUUGUGAGCAACGGGUACGGGUUUUACAUCACCACCCUGUGCCUAGCGAGCCUGAACAGUUGCGUGGACCCUUUUAUUUAUUACUUCAUCUCCGAGGACUUCAGGGAGCACGUGAAGAACACGUUUCUGUGCAGGAGUCAGAGGACAGUUGAGAGGAAAAAGGUCUCCUUCAGCGCUCUGAAGUUCUCCAAGAAGAGCGGCUCGUAUACCACCAGUAGCACGCGAAACACGCAGAGCAGCGAUUGCUGAUGGCGGUGUCGUUAUUAACCCUCCCGUGGUCUUAGCGCGACGCUCUAAAGGAGCGUGGAGGAUGUCCAGCGGGGAAGUUUAGUGCGACCCCAUCAGACCGCUCACAGGGUGAAGAGUUUGCGGGUUAAACUCAGGUUUGAGAGAAAAUAGAUCUUGAGAUAGAGCAGUUGGGAACAGGUCUAUGAUUUUCUAGAGCUUUUUUUGCAUGGUGAAUAUUUGUUUUUGAAAAAUAAUUUGUACAGUUUUUUUUGUUUGUUUUUUUUUAUAUAUAUUUUAUGUACUCUGCUAUAUGCCUCAUUUUAUUGCUAUUUUUGACCAGUUACCUUGAUGAUAGAAGAUACUUAUGUUGCGGUUUUAGGUAAAUGAAUGUAGCCUUUUUUGUGUGUGACAAGACUGUAAAACAAUUAGUUAAUGGCACCUUUUACCUAUUAAAUUAUGUAAAACUACCUUAAUAAUUGACUUCUUUUAUAUAUAUUUUUGUAUAACCAUACAUUUUAGCCUUUGUCAAACCGAAAGGGGGGAAAAAAAUAUUUAGAAUCACAAUGUUCAAGCAAAUCUUUUUCAAUUUGCAGGAUUUAGUCGAAAGAAAAUCAUAAACACAAUAAUUAAAGCUACACCUCUGCUAAACCUCCCAAGCUAAUUUGCAAACUUUCAUGUUGCAAGGAGCAAAAGUUGAGUCGUUGGCCCAACUAUUAGUCCAGCUCUUCCUGCUUCCUGCAUGGAAAAACCUGUUUCAUUUACAUUGUAAAUCUUUACCUGAAUCAACUCAUUUGAAUUUGGAUUGAAGAACAUGGAUGCACACUGAAUAUGUAGUUGGUUUAAAUUGGGGAUUUGCCAAUCAGUGAUCAAAAUCAGCCAGUUUUAUCUUAAUUGGCUCGGACUGAAGACGAGCACUGAGACAUCUUUGUAAACCAAAUGCAUUCAAAAAGCUGAAACUCCCAUUUUGUUUUUGGUCUGUAAACGCAUCGGUUUAGUAAAACUCAGAUUAGGGAUAUUAUGGAUAAAUGGGGAAAACAUUGUUUUUUUCUGCUGAAUUCAAAAUUACUAAUAAUUUUAUCAAGAAGCUUCUCUCAGAGUUUGAAUUUGAUCAUUUUAUGCUCAAUUAUGUGUUUAACAAUAUAAAAAAACAGUUUA